ACAUGCGCAGUAGCGUCCUCGUCAGCAGCAUCAGGACCAAAAAAGAUCCCGGAUAGGUGCGAUGUAGGGGGGGAGAGAAGAUGGUGCAUGCUAAACCCGCGCUGAAAGGGACGGACAGCUUUAGGGUUGUUUGGGGCGUCCGCAGAGAUACGACUCCUUUUAUCUAAUGUUUGAGGUCCGGUGGUCGGAAGCGGAAGGUUGUAUUUAGUCCGAUAAAAACACACACACACUAUCUCUCUCUCACACACACACACAUACACACACAACGACGACGGGCGUGUUGGCCGCACAUUAACGAUUCCUCCCGAAGGACGACGCUGUGAAGCUGCCUCCGCUGCUGCUGCUGCUGCUGCGUCUCGCUCCGGGAAGAAUUCCUCCACUGUUGGGCCGCGCGUAAUAUUGGGCCGUGAUGGCGACGUCGGGCUUCCUCCGUGUGACGGUCGCAGCUUUCUAGUGGGAUGCACAUCGGCGCUUGACCGCACUCCGCUCUCCGUCGAUAAUGGCAGCUCUGUACCAGGGCACGGACACCUCCUCUCCCGACAAAUUCCUGGCCUUGAAAGACGUGAGAGAAGUGAAGGAGGAGACGACGCUGGACGAGAAGCUCUUCCUGCUGGCCUGCGAGAAAGGUGACUACUACAUGGUGAAGAAGCUGCUGGAGGAGAACCGCCACGGCGAGCUCAACCUCAACUGCGUGGACGUGCUGGGCCGGGAUGCGGUGACCAUCGCCAUUGAGAACGAGAACCUGGACAUCCUGCAGCUUCUGCUCGAACACGGCUGCCAGGCCACAGACGCCUUGCUGGUGGCCAUAGACUCGGAGGUCGUGGGAGCCGUGGACAUCCUCCUCAACCACAGGCCAAGGCGCUCCUCCAAGCCCUCAAUCGCAAAACUGAUGCAGCGGAUCCAGAACCCGGAGUACUCCACCACCAUGGACGUUGCUCCGGUCAUCCUCGCGGCGCACAGGAACAAUUACGAGAUCCUGACCAUGCUGCUGAAACAGGACAUCUCUCUCCCCCGGCCUCACGCCGUAGGCUGCGAGUGCAUGCUCUGCAAUGCUAAAAACAAGAAGGACAGCCUGAGGCACUCCAGAUUCCGUCUGGACAUCUACCGCUGCCUGGCGAGCCCCUCUCUAAUCAUGCUCACUGAGGAGGACCCCAUACUGCGAGCGUUUGAGCUCAGCGCAGACCUGAAGGAGCUCAGCCUUGUCGAGGUGGAGUUCAGGAAUGACUACGAGGAGCUGGCAAAGCAGUGCAAGAUGUUUGCCAAGGAUCUUCUGGCUCAGGCUCGAAACUCUCGGGAGCUCGAAGUGAUUCUCAAUCACACCUCCAGCGAGGAUCAGAUCGACAAGAGGGGCCUGCUGGAGGAGCGCAUGAACCUUAGCCGGCUUAAACUGGCCAUCAAGUACAACCAAAAAGAGUUUGUGGCUCAGUCCAACUGUCAGCAGUUCCUCAACACCGUUUGGUUCGGAGAGAUGGCCAGCUACCGACGCAAGCACACCUGCCUGAAGAUGGGCACGGUCCUGAGCGUGGCGCUGCUCUGGCCGGUCCUCUCCAUCUGCUACCUGCUGGUACCCCGCUCCCGAGUCGGCCAGAUAAUCCACACGCCGUUCGUCAAGUUCAUCAUCCACAGCGCCUCCUACUUCACCUUCCUGCUGCUGCUCAACCUGUAUUCGCUGGUCUACAACGAGCACAAGAAGAACACGAUGGGCCCCGCGCUGGAGAUGAUCGAUUACCUGCUGAUCCUCUGGAUCAUCGGAAUGGUGUGGUCGGACGUGAAGCGCCUGUGGUACGAGGGGCUGGAAGACUUCCUGAAAGAGUCCAGGAACCAGCUGAGCUUUGUGAUGAACUCGCUCUACCUGGCGACUUUCACUCUUAGGAUAGUUGCUCAUAGCAAGCAGUUCAAAACUGAACCAGACACGGAGAGGAAGAACUGGGACGCCUUCCAUCCCAUCCUGGUGGCCGAGGGCCUCUUCGCCUUCGCCAACGUUCUGAGUUACCUGAGACUCUUCUUCAUGUACACCACCAGCUCCAUUCUGGGGCCGCUGCAGAUCUCCAUGGGUCAGAUGCUACAGGAGUUUGGGAAGUUUCUGGGCCUCUUCCUGCUCGUCCUGUUCUCCUUCACCAUCGGGCUCACCCAGCUGUAUGGAAAAGACUACGUCAAAGACACAAAGGACCGGAUCAAACCGAGCAAGGACUGCGAAGGCAUCUUCUGCCCGGAACAGAGCAACGACGCCUUUCACACGUUUAUGGGGACCUGCUACGCUCUGUUCUGGUACAUUUUCUCCCUGGCGCACGUUGCGCUCUUCGUCACCCGCAUCAGCUACACGGAGGAGCUGCGCUCCUUCGUCGGUGCCAUGAUCAUCGGCACCUACAACAUUGUGGUGGUGAUCGUGCUGACCAAGCUGCUGGUGGCCAUGCUCCAUAAAAGCUUCAGACAAAUUGCUAAUCACGAGGACAAGGAGUGGAAGUUUGCACGGGCCAAGCUCUGGCUCAGCUACUUCGAUGACAAGUGCACCUUGCCCCCACCUCUCAAUGUCCUAACCUCGCCGAAGACCGUCUGCUACCUGGUGACCAGCAUGAGGAAGUGGAUCUGUUCCCACACCACAAAGGGCAAAGUGAAGAGACAGAACAGUCUCAAGGAGUGGAAGAACCUGAAACAGAAGCGGGAUGAGAACUACCAGAAGAUCAUGUGCUGUUUGGUGCACCGCUACCUGACCUCCACGCGACAGAAGAUGCAGAGCAUGGACCAGGCCACGGUGGAAAACCUGAACGACCUACGCCAAGACCUGUCCAAGUUUCGCAACGAGAUGAGGGACCUGCUGGGCUUCCGGACAUCCAAAUACGCCAUGUUCUACCCAAGGAGCUAAGGCACAAAAAAACAGACUAUUUCUCCUUCUUCCUUCUUGAUAAAAAAUCUUGCUUCAUGUUUAUCUGGGAUCCCUCAAGCAUGUGCAAAAAAAACUCUGCUCUUUAAAGUCGCUGGGGUCAUUUUAUAAAAGCCUCAAGACUCAGGCCUUCUAUCUAUUCAGCUAUGUAACCUUUAUUUUGUAAAAAAUAAAUAAAUAAAUAAAAUAAACGGGAAAAUAAAGAUUUAUGGAAGAAUUGA